AUUGCUGUGAAUGGAGUACCUUUACAGCCAGACUGGCAAAACCCUGACUCCAGUGCUCCAGAACCCAGAGGAGGAAGACAGGCUGGUCAAGGAAGUUGAUGACCAGGACCUGCAAGAUGAGGGGUUCGAUGAAGAGAUCAUGGAGGACAUCACAGUUCCGGUGCUGUAUGAGGAUGACCCCUGCCGUGAUCUCAGAAACAGCCCUUCAUCUUUGCCUCUGCCUCAGUCCCCAGCAUCACUGGCUGAGCCGUCCACAUCAUCUGGUGGAGAUGGACAGCAUCUUGCCCCUGCCCCUUCAGUGACGUCACAGCCAUCCGACCCUGGAAGCAGUCUCUCCGACGAGGCUCAGGGAGCAGUCGUUGGACCUGAUGGCAUCGCUGGGUGGGACAAGGUCCAGAAUCUGGCAGGUUACCUGGUGGGUCUUCGUGAGGCUCCUUACCUUACUGACCUGCAGGUGACAGAGGCCAUCCGGUUGUGGACAGCGCUCUCUGAUUUCGACAAGCAGCGGAUCAACUAUCAGCCUCGACAUCAGUCUCAGCUGACUCAUGGGCGUUUUAAGGCACCGAAGCGCUCCGGAGUCACACCGGGUGUGGAGAGUGUCAAACGGUGUCUGAUUGGACAUCCUGGGGGUCCAGCACAGUGGCCCAACACCAGCCGCUUGGUUGAGGCCAUUUGUAUUGAGCUUUGUGCUUUACACAAGUCGCCGACCAAGAAGGCUGGAGUCUGCACUCCCAGGUGGUCUAAAAUCCUUUCGGACUACCACCACAUCCGAGACCUGGUGCUUAACUGUCGCAGGCUGAUGGAUGAAACAAUGAUCCAGCUGUUUGAGCUAAACCAGAAGACACUCAUUCAGUGGUUUCAGCGGCGGCAGAAAAAUCAGGAAAUGAGUGUCCUCGCUCAGGGACUUACUUCACCUGACCCAAUUGCUGUGGCCGAUACACAGCUUCCUCCGGCGAGGGAAAAAAUGGAUGAAGCGCCAUCGACAUCAGGCCCAAAACAUCCAUUCAUCCUUCCGCCAAAUCGAGAAGGACAGGCGCCCAUUCUGCGACCUGGUCGACGGCCUGCUGCUGCCACCACAGAGUGCCCCAUUGCACCUGCCCCCACAGCAUCAGGAGUUGUGCAGCCCAUUUCAGCACCUGGGUCGUUAUUAGGCACACUAGUCCUUAACCCAGGCAUGACUGUGUCUGUGGUGCUUCCCUCUUCUGGUGCGUCAACAUCCGGUGCAGGCCCAGCUCCGCCUGCUCCUGCGUCUGAUGCUCCCUUGUCCCGUUACACCCAGAGGAACAGGCGCCGGCGGGCCCUGGAAAAGGAAAGCGGAGUCCAUAAGAGGAAGUAUGUGCGAGGGGUUACCUUUAACACAUGCAGCAAAUGUGGGCAGCCCAAAACGAAAGAGUUUGGCCAUAGCCGAUAUGGUAAUGCCACAUUUUGCUCACGUGCCUCAGAUGGCAAAUCUUUAGAUGACUGGUUGGCAGAGCAGCGCCAGCAAAAUACUCAACCUCCUCAGUAAAUAAUAUCU